AUGCAAGUCCUCCUCCUAGGCGGCCACGGCAAAGUGGCUCUGCAACUGACCCCGCUUCUCCUCGCCCGCUCCUGGAACGUCACCAGCGUCAUCCGCAACGCAGAGCACGAGAACGAGAUCCUUGCUUUAGGCAAAGGCGCCAAAGGCAAACUGAGCGUCCUCCUCUCCAGCCUCGACGAUAUCAAAAGCGACGCCGAUGCCAAAAAUGUCCUCGACCGCGUUUCCCCAGACUAUGUAGUCUGGUCUGCAGGAGCCGGCGGCAAAGGUGGACCCGCACGCACGCACGCCAUCGAUGAAGUAGCAGCGAAGCACUUCCUCAGCGCCUCAUUCUCACACCCCAGCGUACGUAAAUUCCUCCUCGUCUCCUGGAUCGGCAGCCGACGCAAGCAACCCACCUGGCUGUCUGACGACGAAUGGGCGGGCCUCCAAAACGUCUUCUACAACGUCCUCCCCGCAUAUGCCAAGGCAAAGCUGGAAGCGGACGAGUACAUGACCGCGUUGGCGGCGGCGCGCAAGAAGCUUGUUGCUGCGGGGGCGGCGCAGCCGCUGCAGGCGAUUAAUCUGCGACCGGGGACGUUGACGGAUACGCCUGCGACGAGGAAGGUGGAUCUGGGGAAGACGAAGAAGGGGAGGGCGAAUGUGUCGAGGGAGGAUGUGGCGAUCGUGGCGGAUGCGCUGCUGGCGAGGGAUGAUGUUGAGGGGUGGUUGGAUUUGUUGGAGGGAGAAGAGGAUGUGGAGGUUGCUGUUGAACGGGUUGCGAGGGAGGGUGUAGAUGCGGUGGAGGGAGAGGAUGUUGAGGGGAUGGUAAGCAGGUUUGGGUUGUAA